UACUUCGCUACAUUCUAAAAUUUCCAUGACUCAAUAUAGUCUGUUUUAAAGUCGAGUUAGAGAUGGUUUUACUUUGUUCUUUUCCCAAAAGGCCCUAAAACAUCCCAGAUUUUGCCAAAGAUCAUAUUCAUGGCUACGAGAUGGGAAGAUGAUUUGCAAGGUUAUGACGUGGGUCGUUUUCAAGGAGAAGUCAACGAAGAUGUGCUUUGUUCCAUUUGUCAGGAAGUUCCAAAGGAUCCCAGACUUUGCCAACACAAAGAUCAUAUAUUUUGUUUCGCUCAUAUAUCACGACAUCUCGUUCAAAACUCUCAAACAUGUCCAGUUUGCAGAGAUCCUCUGACUGAAGAAACCUUGAGACGACCAACAGGAUUUCUGAAGAAUUAUUGGGAAGGUCUGAAAAUCAAGUGUGAUCAUCAUGAACGAGGAUGUCCUGACUACGUUCGUCUGGAACAUCUUCCAAAACAUGUCGAGAAAUGUGGAUAUGCUCCUGUCAUGUGUCGUAAUGAAGGAUGUGAUACAGAGGUCAAUAGAAGAGAUAUUGAAACUCACGAGAAAACGUGUAAAAAUAUCCAGAAAAAUUUGCAUGGAUUAAAAAUGAGUCAGAAUGAAAUGAAUGCUCGAAUGACUUCAUUGGAAAGAAAACAGGAUGAAAUGGAGAGAAAACAGGAUGAAAUAAAGCAAAGUAUGAACGAGAUGAGAGAACAGUUUGAGAAAAUAAUGAUGAUGAUGAUGAAGCAAACAUUUCAAGGAAAUAAUAAAAAAAAGAAUGGUGCCAGCGCUAUGAAUCAGAAAGGUCCAGUCAUCAAUCAAUAUGUUAUUAUUAUUGGUGGUGAUUAUGGCCCAAGUAGGUCCGAGGUAUUAAAUACAGUCGAGAAAUACAGCAUAGUAGAAGGAAAGUCAACUCCGCUGCCAGGAUUGAAUCAUCCUCGAGUAGGAUCAGCAUUGUGUGUUUACAACAAUGACGUUCUUGUCGUUGGUGGUCACGAUGGUGAAACAGCAACUGACAAGAUCGAAGUUUCGAAGAUGAAUCAACAUCCUUUGCGAUGGACAAUGUUUGAUGGUAAACUGCCUGUCAAAUUAUCUGGUCAUGACGUCACAGUUUAUCAAGGAAAAUUAUAUAUAAUAGGAGGAUAUGACGAAAAUGAAAGAAAAACAUCUAAUGCCAUUUAUGAGAUUGCUCUUACCCCACCUUAUAGUGCCAAGAUGCUGACGAGAAUGCCUGAGGCAAGAAAAUAUCACAGAGCAGAACUUGUUAAUGGAAAACUAUUUAUCCUGGGCGGAACAACAACCGGCUUUCCUAAGAAUGCUCUUGACAGCGUUGUUGUUUAUGAUUUGAUUAAGAAUGAGUUCAAGCCAUGUCCAUCGUUACCUCAGUCUGUUUGUUUUAUGUCCACAGUCACUUGGGGUCAUACUAUUAUCGUCUUUGGCGGUGCGGAUAAGAAUACAAGCAUAAUGACGUCAUCAUGUACGACACUGAGACUGGGCGAAGCGAGAGACUUCCCUCCAUGAUUUACAAAAGAGGCGGCAGCUCUGCUGUGAUCAUGAAUGACGUCAUUGUCACGUUUGGUGGAUGGAAUGAAGAGCAGGGAUAUCUCAACUCAGUGGAAUCUUUCACCAUUGGUGGAGAUGGCUGGAAUGAACUGCCAGAAAUGAUAGAGAAAAGACGCAAUGCUACUGCUGUAGUUAAACCUCUGUAGGAGAAUUUGAUGAAAAAUUUGAAGUGAAAGAG